CACAGCCCUGGGCACGGCGGCGGCGGCAGCUCCGUGUCCUGUGUGGGCUGCGAGGGCUCGGGCGGCAGCAUGGAGCUGGGGUGGUUGCUGUGGGGAGCGGCGGUGCUGCUGCUGCUUCACUUCCUGAUGGAGCUCAGCCCCGCCGUCAACUUCGCGCUGCGCAUCGGUUUCUACUGUCUGCUGUGUGUCCUGGCCUCGGCCCUGACCGCCCCCGUCUGCCUCCUCGUCAACGGCGGCCGCACCGUCAAGAACAUGCGAAUCAUCAAAAAUGUGGUCAAGACCUUCAAGUAUUUCUUUGGCCUGAAGUUUGAGGUGAAGGGACUGGAGAACUUCGAGGUGGAGGGCCCUGCUAUCAUUGUGUCCAACCACCAAAGCAUCCUCGACAUGAUGGGGCUGAUGGAGGUCCUGCCUGACAACUGUGCCCAGGUGGCCAAGAAGGAGCUGAUGUACACUGGCACCGUGGGGCUCAUCAUCUACCUUGGCGGCGUCAUCUUCAUCAACAGGAAAAGCACAUCCAGUGCCAAGAUUGUGAUGGCAGAGGUGGCCAAGACAAUGGCAGCUGAAAAUGUGAAGGUGUGGGUGUACCCAGAGGGCACGAGGAACUGCACUGGGGACUUUCUGCCAUUCAAGAAGGGAGCAUUUCACCUCGCCAUCCAGGCCCAGGUCCCAGUGAUCCCUGUGGUGUAUUCCUCCUUCACUGCCUUCUAUAACCCAAAGAAGAAGCUGUUUACAUCAGGCAAAAUCAAAGUUGAGGUUCUGCCUCCAAUAGAGACCAAAGGCCUGACAGCAGACGAUGUUUCUGACCUCACUGACAGAUGCUUCCACACCAUGAGGGAGACACUCUUCAAGCUGUCAGGCCGUCCAAAGGAGGCAAAGGACUCCUCCUAGUUGCUUCUCCAGUGGCAUCACCAUGUGGUGGUGGCUGAAGGGACCUGUCUGUUGCCAAAUACCAAAGGAACUUCUCUUCCUCUGCAGUGACUUGUAACUCUGGGAACACGUGGGGUGCUGAGCCAGGGCUGAGGUUCCCCAUGCAGUGGAUUUCUCUUGUGAGUUCAUGAUCCUGCAUUGAAAUGUCUCCUUUCUGUGAA